AUGCAUAUCGAUCAAAUCAUUUUCGGCACAAACAAGAACUCGAAACCCACCGUCAUUUUCGUGACAGGAGCGUGGCACAAGCCCCAUCUCUACGCAGGCCUUCUGGAGGGUCUCAGAAAGAUCAGCUUCCCUGUUAUAGCUCCCUCCNNCCUUCCAUCUGUCGGCGGGACUUGCGACAGUUUCAACGAUGAUGUGCACGUCGUCCGCAAAGCCAUCGCCGACGAAGUAUCCCAGGGGCACGAGAUUGUGAUGCUCAUGCACUCAUACGGUGGCAUGGUGGGCAGCGCAGCAGUUCAAGGAUACUUGAAGCAAGAAGUGCCCAGAGGAGGCGGGGUGGUCCGAAUGAUCUACAUGGCUGCGUUUGCGCUCAACGAAGGACUCAGCUUGAUGGACGCGUUGAACAAUACGCCAUUGCCCUGGCAGGAGUCAGCGAAUGAGAAGCAAUGGCGAGCCACCAACUCGAACCACAUCUUCUACAACGAUGUGGAUCCUGUAUUGGCAGAGGCUUGCGUUGAGCAGCUGGAUCUGCAGGCNAAAGGAAGCUUCGAAAGCAAGCAGACGUAUGCUGCGUGGAAGUACAUCGACUCGACGUACAUUGUCUGCUCACGCGACAAUGCGAUCCCGCAGGAGGCGCAGAUUGGCAUGGCGAAGCAACCUGGCGGCAAGUUUAUAAUCGAGUACUUGGAUGCUGGGCAUAGCCCCUUCUUGUCGGUACCGUAUCAAACGGUCGAAAUGGUUCGCAAGACCAUUUGGGAGCCAGGAACCCGCUGA